AUGGCUGCCUCAAUUUGGAACAACUUUGCGCCUCCAAAAGUGCAAUUUUUCGGGUGGUUAGCUUGGCUUGGUAAGGUUAAAACCUCUUAUUUUCUUCAUAGAAUUGGAAUUCUCACAGGUAAUGUAAACCUUGGCUGUGUUUUUUGUCAUAUUGAGGUUGAAUCUGUGGAACAUAUUUUGCUCCACUGCCCUUUUGUGUGGCGGCUUUGGUCAGAUAUUAUUUGUUGGUGGGGAUUGCAGUGGGUGAUUCCAGGAUCUGUGCAUGGGUUGCUGGAAUGGUGGUCCGGAUGUGUGAUGCAGAGGCUGGAGAAGAAAAUCUGGAUGGCCAUCCCUUUGGCCACUCUUUGGUCCACAUGGAAGCACAGAAAUGAGUGUGUCUUCGAUGGCUUUCAACCAAAUCUGGAAGCUUUGUGUGAUUUAGUGAAGGUUAGAGUUGCUAUGUGGUUCAAAGCAUCGAAAAUCCAGGUUGAUUUCUCCAUUAAUGAUUUGGUCUUUAAUCUGCCUCAGGUGAAAUAUUAUAUCAAGAAUGGAGGGUGA